AUUCCGGAGGGUGUGGGUUCGAAUCCGGUCCGAGGCACGGCACCUUCAACUUUUCAGUUGUGUGCAUUUUAAGAAAUUAAAUAUCACGUGUCUCAAACGGUGAAGAAAAACAUCGUGAGGAAACCUGCAUAUCCUAUCCGCAUUGAGCCAGCGUGGUGGACUAUUGGCCUAAUCCAUAGAAUUAUAAUGUACUUGUACCGAAUCGUAAAUCUAUGGCCUAACCAUUCUAAGAGGAGACUCAAACUCAGCAGUGAGCUGAAUAUGGGUUGCUAACGAGUACUGCUCGAAGGAUCAGCGGUUUAACUGUAAAAAGUUAACAAGCAGAUAAACUUUCGCACAUAAAACAUGGAUAAGUAUAGCUACUCUUUAGGUACCUAUAGAUAUCUAACCUACCUAUUCUCAUGACCUAAUCUACAUAAUCAUAUUGCAUCGUAUGAUGUGUCAAGACCUCACACGCGAUAUACCCCGGCCCGUGCCGUCCAGUGCCAGGCGAGGAGUUAAAAAAACCGGGACGCCCCACUUAAAUGCACUUCCAAGUUCCAAGCCACUUGCUGGCAAUCCAUCGCGUCCGACGGUCCCGCGCCGUUGCCAUGGCAACUGGUAACAAACACGACAAACACUGUCAAACUCUGUCUUACGUAAAACAAGAUAUCUCUGGUGCCCAAGGCACCCAAGGAAUGUAUGACGAGACCGUGGAGGUGAAUGCUAGAGAAAUAGAAAGUCCGCCAAGUUCAGAAGACGAAGCCGUUAAAGCUGCCAUGGCUAAGUUCAACCCUCCUGUAAGACAUACGGCACGACAUGACUUCGAUUCUGAGAGUGAUAGUGACACAGAAGUCGAUAAAUUUGGGAAUAUCUCCGAGGAGGAUCAGUCCCCAGAUAGAAAGUCAGUUCCAGAGGAGGAAUUGAAGCAGAAAGCGAAAUCGACGAGUGACGUGUCGAGGCAGUCCAGUAAAAACAGAGAUUCUUCAAACUCAGACACGGACAGCGCAGACGGGGGCACAGACAUAGUGGAGCGUAUGGAGCCGCUGGCGGGCAGCGGGCGCAGGCGCGGGGCCGUGCUGCUGCCGGACGGUGCCUACGACCCCAAGCACUACCAGCACCUGAAGGUGCCGCCCGACAUGGAGAACGUGUUCCAGUACAUCAUGAAGUACACGCCACAGAAGAUCGACAUCUCCCUGAAGCUGGCGCCGUUCGUGCCGGAGUUCGUGCCGGCGGUGGGCGACACGGACGCCUUCCUCAAGGUCAGCACGCCGCCUGUCGCGCUGCGCGGCGCGCCGCUCGCCGAGCAUGCUCUCGAGCACAUCGACAACUUAGGUUUAACAGUCCUCGACGAGCCGUCCGCAGAGCAGAGCGACUCUGCGCUGCUGCACCUGCAGCUGAGAGCCUUGUCAAAGAGCACCAGCGCCAAGUCCACUGUGUUGACAAGGAAGAUAGAUCACGCUGAAAAGAAUCCCAAAGCGAUCGAGCGCUGGGUCAGAGACGUGAGCGAGCUGCACUUGGCCAAACCGCCGCCCACCUUCACGUAUACGUGCAAAAUGCCCGACAUCGACAGCCUAAUGGAGGAAUGGCCGGAGACCAUGGAGGAUACCCUAAAUGAGGUUGGAUUCCCUCCAGCAAACAUAGAUUGUACUUUAUCCCAGUACGUAGAUCUAGUCUGUGCUUUAUUUGACAUACCAGUGCAAGGUGACACUCUCAAUGACAGAAUACAGGCACUACAUUUGUUGUUUAAUCUGUACUCUGCUGUCAAAAACUCCCAGUUGUACGCUGAGAGGGAAAAAGAGAAGGCUGGAGGGUAGUUUAAGAUUUAAUAUACUUUAGUUUAUAGAGGGUAGGUAUGGAGUAGCAUUGUUUUACAUAAUCUAUGUUUUAACCCGACUGCAAGAAGGGUUACAUAAGAAAGUAAUCGUUGAAAAACAGUUCAUUAUAUCAUGACUAAACAUUUUACAUCAUUCCUACCCUCAAAUUUCUAUUUCUCUACAAUUAUUAAUUUCUCAUCGGCGCCAUUCUGGUUUGAUUUUUAACUAAUUUAUAGUUUACUCGUAUAGUUUUAGUAUGACCAUAAAUAUAAAACAUAAGUAUAUGGACAUGAUAUUAUGUUCCUUAUUUUCGUAACAUGACGGAUUUUUAUUUUCCUUGUGAUUCACAGGUAAGGAAAACCAUCACAUGUGGAAAUUUACAACAUUUGACGGUUUUCCUUCCCUAUAAGUUUGGUUCUUAGCUGCCGAACUUCGAGUCUACUCAACUCUGAAUAUGGCGCAGUGUACAAAAAAUAUUGUCAGAGUGGACUCGAAAUUUGGCCCAUGUUUAUACGACUAUACUUUAGGUAUUCAUUAAUAAAAAUAAAUGAUUUCAUAAAAUGCAGAUUUGUUACUAUCAUCGGCCUCUUUAGAGAUCUUUAGGCUUAUGAUCCGCACCGCGAAUCAACAAAAAGAUAUGUCGACCAAUCGAGAACAUCGCUCUCGUCCCAUCGCAACGAAACCAACAGCUAAAUUUCUAUUCCUCCGCUAUUGGUCAUCUUACUAUUGUUAACGUAUUUAUGUUAACCUUCGGUGCGUCAGAGUGGUGGGAUAAUUAAUUGAUUAUAAUAUAAGGUCGGAGUAUGCCCUACUAGUUUCGAACUCAUAAGGGGCCCUUAGUCAUGAGCUGGUUCUUGCAACGCGGCACGAUCCAAACUGCGAAGCGACGGCGUGGCGUGCAGCUGCUCGCAUCGCGCGCUGGGAGAGGGGUUGCGUGGUGGAGAGUGAAGGUUCUGUUACACUCGCCGACGGUUCAUUAAUGUCAUCUUCAUUAGACACGUCUAUGUGAUGUGAUGGCCUAUGUGAUUUUUCAGACUAUAAUCGAUUUUUCAUUUCAUUCCAUUAGUUAGAGUAUAAACAAGAGUGUUAUUGGUCCCAGAGUAUCUAUCAACAGCCCAAGAACAAGAAUGUUAGCUAGGCUUUAGAUGUCUGUUUUCUGUUUUCGACCCUUGAAAGUUCGAGACAUUGUUUUUUGAAAAAAACCAUGAAACCAUGAAAAACCAAGUCAAUAUUGACUGCCUAUUUUAAUGGAUAGAUAUUAUUAAAAAAAAUUAAAAUACAAUCGGAUACUUUGGCAAAUGUUUAUUUACAAAUAUUUGUUACAAUAAUCUAGACAAAAAUAUACAGUCACUACGCACUUCUUCUAGCCUCUAUGGUGACGCUAUAUUCCGAUUCCACGUAAGGGAGAUGCCUCAUUAGUGCGGUGCGUGGCGUCGCAGUGCAUUAUGACGACGCGUGCACCAAGUCAGCCAUAACAAUGGAUCGAAGUCGUAGCAACGGAUUUCCGUUGAAACGUCGCUGCGGCGCUGCUUAAAUGUGGCAUGUCAUUUAUAAUGAAAACAACGCAUUCUCGACGCUGCGACAUCACAACGCGCUAAUGAGGCUCGCUCUAAUUAUUAUAUAUUUAUUACGAUAAAGUACAAUUUUUAUUGACAUUAAGGACAUAGUAUAUACAGCUAAUAACUAUUGACUUGCCACAUAAUCUUGGAUCAGACGGCUAACAAGUAUUAAUAUUGAUUUAAACUUAUUUAUUACAUAGUUUUUAUGAAAAAAAUCCAAAAUGGUAGACAGUAGAUUUGAAACUCCAUUUCUACUAAAAAUGUCAAUGCCUUAUCACUUGGCCAUGUCGGAAUUAUUUUUCAAAAUCUUUAGUCUAUGGUAGGCUUAAUAGUAAUUCUAUUGACUUAUUUAUUAGAUAUUUUUCAGCUAUUUGAGUGCUAUUUACGGUCCCUUUUAAUUAGUUGAUUAAAUUGUACAAACUAAUGUGUUUAUAACAAGUCAAUGUGAUUGUAGAAGCAAACAAAAUGGGAUUAAAAUCGAUAUUGCUAUGACUUUUCUUCAGCGUAGAAUAUUAUGUAAAUUAAUUAUUUUUUUCCUGACACCUCAACACAUACGAGGACGUGAUGUCGAAUUGAACAGUGAUUAUUACAUCUUGAGAUUAUCCAUAGACAAUACAGAAUCCAUAAACAAUAGAAUAUAUGUUUUGAGGUGCCAGGAAAAAAAAACGAGUGUCUAUAGACCACACCACUGAAGUAAAACUUCUUUCAAUAGUAAAAAUCUAAGCGCCAUCUAUGAGACUCAGAUGGCAACACAACAGUUUCUUGAAGUGUACAAAAAGGGUUUGUUUCAAAGUUCUCUAAGAGCGCCAUCUGCUGGUAGUUUAAAAUGAGAAACCCUGUUUCAUUAUGCCUGUAGAUGGCAGCACGCAUCGCCCGAUUACACUUUUCAUAACCAACUUGCUCUGUCAAGUCAGGCGUGCGUGAAGAAUUUAUACUUCAAUGUUUUAGGUGUUAUUUGUACACUCCUGUGCACUAUAACUCGCCGUUUGCUAGUAUUCGAAAGUCUACGAUUAAUAAAUGGAAAUGAUAAUGAAAUAUUGGACGGUAUAAUACAUGGAAAAACAUACAAUUCUACUUUCUCAAGGGAUAGCAAAGAAUUUGUGUGGGGUUUAUUAUAUGAAAUCACAAUUUUAGUCUGGUCGUGUUUUAAGAAACAUGUACGAUUGUGUAUAAUAAAAAUAUUUGUAAAGCAAAGCGAGCUGAAUAUUCAACGUAAAAUGGUUUAUUCAGUAACUCGAUCGAUAUUUAUGCAUUAAAUACGAAAUAUUAAAUUAAUUGAGUUUGAAUUCGAAUAAAACUCGGGUAAUUUCUGUCUGUUUUUGACCUAUGACAGCCUAGGACGCUUCUAGAGACCUGACCGAUAUUAUCAACCAUUUAUAAGCAUUAAAGACAAACCCAAGAAUUUUAUAAGUCCGCUUGCAGUGUCCAUUGUCUUGUCUAGACGCAAGUGUUUUCGUGUUUUCGUGCAACAAAAAACAAUUGACGCGCGUUUUAGAAGCGUCUAAAAACCGCUUUUAAGGCUGCCUGUCCACCAGAGCGGAGCGAGGGAGCAUAGCGGAGAAACGGACUAAUUCGGAGCGGAGUUGCGGAGCGAGACUAUGUUAAAAAAAUAAAUGUUACAUUUAAUUUAUUUAACCCCGCUCCGCUUACCGACUUCAUAUGAAUUUUUAAACUAGCUCGCAAGUCCCUGUCCACUUAAGAGGAGCGGAGUUUUUGUGCAAUCAAAUUGGUUAAUAUUUCUCCGUUUCUCGACUCCGCUGCCUCACUCCGCUUCGGUGGACUGGCAGCAUAAAACGAGCGUUAAACCCACUCAGUAUAAAAAUACGAGCGUUUAAAACAAACGCGUUUUUUUUACGCUCGCCGCCGACGACUGCAGAUAACGUGGAUUUGAUGUCAUUGUAACAAUUUGUGCUACAUAUUAUUAGUAAUAGUCAGAAAUAAUAGUUUUAAACAAUAAAAAAAGGUAAUAAAUCUAGCUAGUGAGGUCCUAAGCUUACUACAAUCUACUUAAUGUUAAACAUAACUUUUUUUUAUUUAUUUACACUAAUCUAUUACAUAGCAAAUUCACAAAGCAUUUCGAUAUCACAGUUGCAUACAUUGCACCCACACUCUUAACACGUUCGCUGCGGAACGAGAUCAAUUGACCUCGUAAACGUUACGAGGUCGAUAAACCUCGUUCCGCGCCACAUAAUGUUUUAGUACGAGGUCGAAAAACCUCGUUCCGCACCAGCGGAAAGUAUCAGUGCCGCAGCGAACGUGUUAAUAAAAAUUAAUUAUUACAUACCAGUGAAUUUUAGAGUUCCCACACACUUUUUUUUCUAUGGCGUAUAUACGAUAGCAGUUGUAAGUUGUGCGUAACAUUGGACUUUUUAAAUCUCGCGCUGCGAUGACAUUAAUACAGUAGCGUGAACUUCAGUUGGCCUACUCACUAUUUUGGUCUUAAUUAUCAAUCUAUUAAAAUAUACAUCAAAUCUGUAAGGACCCUCGUCCUUACUAUAAGAGAAGCUAAAUACUGGCUCAUCUCUACACUGGUAAGGCAAGCAGACCGCGCACGAUCACUCAGGUCGAACGCCGGUGACAGACUGUCGACUGACUCAUUGCCCCCACUACCAAUGUACAUGAGAUAGUGUAUGUAGUAUUGUAGGUAUCUAUUUAGUAUACACAAACACUACAAAAUCAAUUGACAAAAUGUCAUUUACCCACUGUAUAUCCACCAGUAAGCACCGGAUGACAUUUGUUACAUAGAAUCUCAAUUUCGUACAUGUCAACUGGCAUACGUCAAAGAUAGUGAAUUAGACUGCAGGACGGACAUUGUUGGUGAAAGAAUAUCCAUUUUGUACAAUUUGUACGGGUUAGUACCCUAAUUGAAUAUGUUGUGCACGCCAUGGCAUUGGGUUCUUACGCUCGUCAAACGCUGUGUGUAGGGUCUCUUAUUUAACUGAACCGUAUGGAGAAAUCAGAAAUCAUAACAGACAAUACAAUUGUUUUAAGAAACUAAAGCUAA